CUAUAACGCUGAUUCUCAAAAUGCGCCGCACGCUACGUGCCCAAAAAGCGGAAGAUGAGGAUAGCCAUAAAUAAAUAAAAAUUAGCGGCCUUCUAUGCUUUUUUUAUUCUUUGGCGUAUGUUUAUUCAAGACUUACCGAUCAUAAAUAGAGUACACUAUAUAAUCGUUUCAUUUUGGCAUUUCUUUUUCAUCCUUUCAAUUGCAACAAAUUAUACUAGUACCGUUUGCUAAAAUAAAAGUAGUUUGGUCGUUUAAUCUAUACAUGCAUUUUUCUUAUUUACGAUAGAUUUAUUUUAUUUUUCAAAGAUAUCUAAAGACCGAGUUUUUACUGUGAAGCUAUUUCAUCAUGAAUAAUUUAAAAGAUCGAGGCAACAAUUGCUCAGGAGCAAAAUUGAAAGAGAAAUUUGACUCUAAUGAUCCAUCUGUCAUUCAAACGGGUGAAGUUAGGAUUGAAAAAUCGGCUGUUCCUUCCAAGAAUACCAAGUCUCUCUUAACUUGGGACGAAUUAGAGCCCUGGCAACAGGACAACCAUUAUAUUAUUUCAGCAUACCGGCCUGCUUCAUUUUCUUAUUUCGGAAGCCUCAAAAGCAUCCUCUAUUUGCAUAAUGAAUCUAUAAAUAUUUGGUCCCACCUUUUCGGAGUAAUUAUCUUUCUUUUCUUUAUUAUACGUUCAGAGAGGAUACUUGUACGAGAAACUACUACUUCUCAGGAUGUCUAUGUCUUUAUGGUAUUUUUGAUUAGUGCUCUGACAAUGCUUUUCUGCUCAACUUUUUAUCAUACUAUAUCAAAUCAUUCAAGUCAUGUUUCCAAAUAUGGAAAUAAACUUGAUUAUCUGGGUAUAGUUAUUAUGAUUGUUGGCUCAUUUGUUCCUUGCCUUCAUUAUGGCUUUGCUUGUCAUGCGAAUUUUCGAACGUUAUAUACCGGAACAAUCUUUUCUAUUGGUGUAAUUGUUGCAUUUACUUGUAUGCUGGAUCGCUUUAGGCAACCGGAAUGGCGAAGUUUUCGAGCCAUUCUCUUCGUCAUUAUGGGUUUGUUUGGUAUCUUCCCCGUACUACAUGCUCUGUUCAUUUAUACAAUCAAAGAUUUACUUGUAAGAAUGGGUCUCGGAUGGUUAUUUCUUCAAGGAGUGUUUUACAUUGUAGGAGCUACUAUUUAUGCAAACAGAAUACCAGAAAAAUGGUAUCCAGGGAAAUACGAUGUAUUUGGAAGUAGUCAUCAAUGGUUUCAUGUAUGUGUAGUCAUCGCUGCUCUUUGUCAUUUUCAAGGCAUCCUGAUUGCGUAUAAUUACUUCCACGAAGCCGCCCAAUGCUAAAUUACUUGGUUACAAAUAAAAGGUUUUAUUCAUAUAUUUCUUUAUUGCUUGAUAAGGCCGACUUUGAAUUAAAACUAAUAUAAAAAUAGGACUGGACUCCUUUUUUUCUUUUCACAUUAAUAGUUUAAUAGCACGAGAGUAGCGUGUAAAGAAUAUAUAUCAUCAUUCAUUUAUUUAAUAGUAAACCAUUUCGUUGCUUCAAACGAGG